AUGUCUGAAGGCUAUGACUGCUAUACACGUACGGUGCUUUGGAUGUACGACGUCCAAGUUCACUGGUUCAACGACAAUUUUGCUUGGCGCUGCCCUCGCUCGGUCCUGCAGGCCUUUUUUGAUGCAAACGCAGGCCCUCGCCACAUGGACAUUGGCCCCGGAACAGGGCUCUUUCUGGCCGAUCACCGUGACAAAAUGAAGAAAAAGGGCGUGGACUGGCCCGAGCAGCUUGCAUUUGUCGAUAUGAAUCCCAAUUGUUUGCAAGCUGCCACCGCCCGCGUGGGCGUUCCGGCUCGCACGUCUUGUGUCAAGGCCAAUGUCUUCGAGCCAUUCACUAUUCCCCCAUCUAAAGCUAUCCCGGCAAGUAACGCCAAGUUCGAUUCGAUCGCCCUGAUGUACGUUCUGCACUGCCUGCCACCUCCAUCUCAGCGAAAGGCGCAGAUCUUCCAACACCUCAAACAGCACCUGACCCCAAACGGAACCUUAUUUGGCGCUACAGUGCUGGGAAAGCGAGCCUCCCACAAUUGGGUGGGCCAAGCGACAAUCUGGUUCUACAACUGGAACGGCAUUUUCGGCAACUUGGAGGAUGAUGCCGACGAUUUCGUCAAGGCCUUGAAGGAAGAAUUCGACGUGGUCGAGGCCAAUGUUGUGGGGGUGGUGCUUCUGUUUCGGGCGACAGGACCCAAGGUCAAAUGA